CCCCGCCCCGCCCCGCAGGGUGGGAGGUGUCCGAGAAGUUCGUCGAGCAGGAGCCAGUCGCAAUCGCAAGAAGCUAGGAAUUCCAGCGCCAAACAGUUAACAGCGUGUUACCUGCGGUGAUCAGCGUCAGAAACUCUUCGCACCCGUCCAGACACCAAUCACGAUGUCCGUCGACCUGGACAAAUGUUUCGAGGUGGUCAUGGAACUGGCGAGGAACGGAGGCAAGAUUAUUCGUGAGAGAAUCUACAGUAAGAAGACUAUAAGUACCAAAUCUGACCGAGUAGAUUUGGUAACAGAAACCGACCAAGAAGUUGAGAAAAUGUUAAUUUCAAAUUUACGUGCCGAGUUUCCUGAUCACAAAUUCAUUGGUGAAGAAUCAACAGCUGAAGGAAUUCCUUGUGAAUUCACAGAUGCACCCACAUGGAUUAUUGAUCCUGUAGAUGGCACAAUGAAUUUUGUCCAUGGAUACCCUAAUGUUUGCACUUCAAUUGCAUUCACUGUAAAUAAAGUUGCAGAGAUUGCUAUCAUCUACAACCCUGUUUUGGAGCAAAUGUUCACCGCUCGAAGGGGUCAAGGUGCAAAAUUAAAUGGGAAACCUAUCCAUGUGUCUGGGGAGAAAGACUUGCAGCAAGCCCUUUUGAUACUAGAAUGUGGCACAACACAUGAGGAAGAAAAGAUGAAAAAUAAUUUUAAAAAUCAACAAACUCUUACACCAAUUGUGCAUGGGACACGUUCAAAUGGUUCUGCUGCUAUUAAUAUGGCAAUGGUAGCAAUGGGUGCUGCUGAUGUCUAUUUUGAGUUUGGGAUCCAUGCUUGGGAUUAUGGAGCAGGAGACCUGCUUGUGAGGGAAGCUGGUGGUGUUUGUAUUGACCCUUCUGGCGGACCUCUUGAUAUCAUGGCUCGACGCAUGCUCUGCGCUGCCACAAUGGAACUAGCCCAAGAGAUAGUUCCAAAAAUAAGCCAAAUUUACCCACCACGUGAUUAAAACAAGUUACUGUACAUACAUUCCAUUCUGAAAAGUGUAGUCUAGUUCAAAUUACAAAAAUAUAAAUAUCCUAUUUUAUGACAAGGAUUAUUUAUCGAGCAUAAAUAAAAUGUCAUAUGGGCAUAACUUUUA